GUGAAUCAAUUCUAGUGGCUUCUAGAUCUAGAAUCUACUUCUAGAGAUCUGGUCCUAGUGCUGUAGUAGUAGGUGGUUGAAAUGUGCAGCAUGAAAAUCACCUUCCAAUACUUGGCUUUAAACAGCAUUUGUUUGCUAGUUUUAAGCACACCAGUGUUAACAAAGUGCACUGAACAAUGUAAUCAAGGGGAGUUCUGUAAAGAUGAUGAAUGUCUGCCAUGUCCAUUUGGACAAUUUCAAAAGAAACCUAGUCAUCAAGACCUCACUUGUGAACCAUGGACGACUAAACCAAAAAAUGAAAACUGGGUAAUAGUCAAGAAUGGAUCCAACACUGAAGAUGUAGUGUGGGGCUGUGAGGAAGGCUAUUAUAAAUAUGAAUAUAGACAUGACGAGUACAGCUGUAUCUUAAACCAGACCUCCAGUACAGAAGUUACAACAAAUGCCACCACUACUUUAGAUUCACUGACUGAUAAUACAACGAUUGCUAAAUUUCCUUCUGUCCACUCUGGUGAAAAUAAGAAACUUGUUAUUGGACUUUCUGUAGGAUUAUGUGGUGGAGUUGCCGUUGUUGCUAUUAUAGUUAUAUUUAUUUAUUAUUGUAGACGUAGACACAAACAACGGGAGUCCAGGAGUACAGGACCAGAAGGUAAACCCUUAGUGCAAGAACAUCAAAUUAAAGACUUCAUUUACAAACUGGGAACUCCAGAGUGUCAAAUUUUUUUUGGUACUUUAAAGGAUCCUAGUGGAAAGUUUAAUUUUCAUCAGGAGUUAGAAGAACAGAAAAAAUUAAGUACAGAAACAGAGAAACAGUAUGCAGGUGUACUUAAAAGAUGGCUAGAAUCAAAUAACAAACAAGUUCACAAAAAAUAUAUUAAAAAAGCUCUCAUUGCAGCAAGACGUCCAGAUUUAUAUUGCGUCAUGUACCCAGAUGAUGCCUCAAAUAAUGUCCAACCCACUGACCAAGUUGAGGGACAGGCUAGUAAUCCAUCAUCAGCGAUAGCAAUGGCUGAUAUCAAUAAUGCUGUUCAAAAUGACUCUCCUUAG